AUGUACCAAGAAGUUGUAUAUCAUAUGAUAUGAUAUAUGCAGGAGGAUAUACAGCUAAACUGCCUGCGAUUGACUUAAGGAAAAUGUAUUUCAGAAGGACAAUUCAAGUGUUAUAAACCUGGAUGCUACAAUUAUCAAAUCGGGUUGUUUUGGGAUAUAACGUUUUAUGUGGCUUAUUCUCUAAUCAGGAAGUAAUAUUUAACUUCUCAAACGUGACGUGACCAUUCUCAGUCACACUCAGGACCAAACUUCACAUGCUAGAGAGUGACCAAGUAAGAUACUAGCUAUAGAUACCACACAAGAUACUAUCUAGUGACUACUAAAGAUACUACACAAUGACCUAACAAGAUACUACCUAGUGACCACACAAGAUACUACAUUGUGACCGCACAAGAUACAACCUUGUGACCGCACAAGAUACUACCCAGUAACUAGGAAAGAUACUACAUAGUGACCACACAAUAUACUACCUAGUGACCACACAAAAUACUACAUAGUGACCACACAAGAUACUACCUAGUAACUACACAAGAUACUACCUAGAGACCACACAAGAUACUACCUACUGACAACAAAAGAUACUUCCUAGUGACUACACAAGAUACUACCUACUGACCACACAAGAUACUACCUAGCGAUUACACAAGAUAAUACCCAGUGACUGCACUAGAGACUAGCUAGUGACCACCAGAAAUACUUGCUAGUGACCGCACAAGAUACUACCUAGCGAUUACACAAGGUACUACCCAGUGACUACACUAGAGACUAGCUAGUAACCACCAGAAAUACUUGCUAGUGACCGCACAAGAUACUACCUAGUGACCACACAAGACACUACCUAGCGAUUACACAAGAUACUACCUAGUGACCACACAAGAUACUACCUAGCGAUUACACAAGAUACUACCUAGUGACUACACUAGAGAAUAGCUAGUGACCACCAGAAAUACUUGCUAGUGACCGCACAAAAUACUACCUAGUGACCGCACAAGGGACAAAUAAGUGACCACACGAGAUUCUUACUAAUGACUACAAAAUAGACGAACUUGUGACCAUACAAGUUUAAAGCUAGUGAUCGCACAGGAGACUACAUUGUGACCAUACAAGAAGAUUUCUAGUGACCACGCAAAAUACUUCAAACUAACCAUACAAGAGACCACCUAGUGACCACGCAAGGUACAUGCUAGUGACCGCACAAGAGACUACCUGGUGACCGUACAAGAGACUACUUUGUGACCGUUCAAGAGACUACAUUGUGACCGCACAAGAGACUACAUUGUGACCGCACAAGAGACUACAUUGUGACCGCACAAGAGACUACAUUGUGACCGCACAAGAGACUACAUUGUGACCGCACAAGAGACUACAUUGUCACCGCACAAGAGGCUACAUUGUCACCGCAAAAGAGACUACCUUGUUACCAUAAAAGAGACUUUCUUAUGACCACGCAAAAUACUACAAACUGACCAUACAAGAGACUACCUAGUGACCACGCAAGGUUCAGGCUAGUGACCGCACAAACGACUGCAUGAGGACCGCACAAGAGACUACUUAGAGGCCACGCAAGGUUCAAGCUUGUGACCACACCAGAGACUACAUUGUGACCGUACAAGAGACUACCUUGUUACCAUAAAAGGGUUGAACUAGUGACCAUACAAGAAGCUUUCUAGUGACCACGCAAAAUACUACAACUGACCAUACAAGAGACUACCUAGUGACCACGCAAGGUACAGGCUAGUGACCGCACAAGAGACUACCUGGUGACCGUACAAGGGACUACUUCGUGACCGCACAAGCGACUACCUAGUGACCACGCAAGGUACAAGCUAGCGACCGCACAAGAGACUACCUAGUGAGCACAUUAGAUACUGUUAAAGUGACUAGCUGGGUUACCAAGGCGUCUCAACCGUAUGUGAAUAUACGUUUGAUAUAACUUCACAAUCUAAACUGAUCAUGGAACGCCACUCUAGGCAUAAGCCAGAGACGAACAGCUUAAACUAUUUUAAAUGACCACAACUUAUCAGGUACUGAACGUUUACGUACUUAACGCUUUACAGUGAAUGAACAAACGCUUAUACUGGGCCUGAGUCGGGAAAAAACGUCUUACUCCGAGAAUUUAACACGCUUCGUCAUAACCAGAAGUGACAGAUGGGUAGCGGUUGUCACGGGACGCUGGUUGGCCACCGGAAGUUGGGUGGCGACCGUUUGGUCGGCGGCACCCAGGUGACGCUUCGGGUGGUGGGCUGUCUUCUCUGGGUCUCCUUGGCUCAAACAUCCGGAUACCAAGACAAAAUGUGGACAGAUGCUCACAAUGCAUGCCGAACGACGAAUACAACCUUGCCCGAAAUGUAUCUAGGGAGCACCCCUGAGGAAAGGAUUCGACUUGUUGGGUAUACAGGGCCUCUUUGGCUGAUGGGAUUUGAAGUUGUCGGACGAGUGAAUGGGCACGGGAGGUGGCAUGGCGUCCUAUACAUAAAACCAACAGAUACAGCGAGUGUGAUUUGUGGGAGUGAUGGCAGAGGCAAGACAACAUAUGCUGAUGCGAAAAUGAUGUGUAGCGAUAAAGCUCCGAUGUUGAGCGUAACGGCAUACAACAUAUCGCAGACGGCGCAAGAACGCGAUCAAUUUAACUCCAGUCUUUGGAUCGACACCAUUGACCCUGGCGAGUUUAUAAACGCUGAUGGCACGGAUGUUAAGAUUCUCUGCUACAUUCUGACAGAGACAGGGGAAAUUCAGACAGACAACUGCACACACAGUCACCCCUUCAAAUGCGUUAACGGCAGUCUAGUGCCUGUGGUGCGGUACUUUGGGAACAAAACAUUCCCGUUUAAGCGCUACUCUUCCCACACGACACACGGAGGAAUGGAUAAAAAUUUGCUUAUUCCGCUGGUCUGCGCCGGGGCAGUUGUCCUUCUUGCUGUUGUGGUCGCCGUCUGCCGCUGUUGUUGUCAAAAUAGGCGUGGAAAAAGCGGGUCAGCAAAUUUGGCCGAUUCCGUCACGAUACUUCAAGACCUGAGGAUUGGUCGGUUACGGGGCUAAGUCCCGACCCUUCUUCCUUCUAUUUUCAUAUUAAAUAUUAUGUGCAAAAAUAAGGUCUGGCGGAAAAAGUAAAAGAAGGUCGGGAAUUCGGAAACAAACUUUUUGUAUUCAGCAAGAAAGUGGAUCUGUGAUAUGUGGCGAUGGAAUUCUGUUAACAUUGUCUAAACAAUAUUUGUAUAAAACUAUAAACUGUUUUGAUACCUUUGAUAAAAGAGCAUUAUAUGUUUAGUUGGAGUUUUCAUCGAAAUAUUCCGGAAGAUAAAUUGGCGAAAACUGUA